CUACAUGUAUUAGUCAAACGUACAAGAUUCGGGAAGAAUAAUAAAAGGUUUCCUGACGAAUACAGAACGCGUAAAAUGUGCCAAAACUAAGAUAGAAUAAUGGGUGUUCAUACCGAUAAUGAAACUGCACCAAUUAUCAAGUACCCUUUUUUAAACCGUGAAUGUGUGAAGUGUGAACCCCAAAACCAGCAUUGAAAUUAGGUCGUUAAUUACUGAUAAUUACACGAGUGUAGGGUCGUUUUGUCUGAAGAUCACCAAUUAGUAAACGCCAGCUAUAAAUAUUUAUUACUAAAACACUUCUCAGAUUAUUUAAUAUUUAUAAGUUCAAUAUCUACUCUCUAGCUAGGGAUACAUCUCUUACAUAAACUCUGAGAAAACUUGUUACUAUAUCCAUACAAGAUUAUUAGAUAUCCUCUAGCUUAACUUUAUGCAUCAACCUCCCAACUUUUGUGUUCGUUUAGUUUGAUUGACAAAGAGAGAGAGAGAGAGAGAGAGAGAGAGAGAGAGAGAGAGAGAGAGAGAGAGAGAGAGAAGAGAGAGAGAGAGAGAGAGAGAGAGAGAGAGAGAGAGAGAGAGAGAGAGAGAGAGAGAGAGAGAGAGAGAGAGAGAGAGAGAGAGAGAGAGAGAGAGAGAGAGUGAGUGAGAGAGAGAGAGAGAGAGAGUGAGAGAGAGAGAGAGAGUAUUAUGAUAUUUCAACAAGCGUAUCCAUAUGACUUCUCACUCGAUAAAACAUCAUCAAGCUACGAAGUCUUGGAUUACAACAUAGCCGAGCAACAAUCUCUUUCAACGGAAAAUCUAUCUUCUGUACAAGCACGAGGUGGCUUUGGUCAAGAACCGCCACGGAAGAAGAGGAAGAGGAGGAGAAGUGAACAAAGGAUAGAAGAGAAAGAGAACCAAAGGAUGAAUCACAUCGCUGUCGAGCGUAACCGGAGAAGACAGAUGAAUCAUUUUCUCUCCAUUCUCAAAGCUAUGAUGCCUCUCUCUUAUUCUCAGCGUAGUGACCAAGCAUCAAUCAUAGAGGGGACUAUAAACUAUCUAAAGAAGCAAGAACAACUUCUUCAAUCAUCUGAGGCCUAAUUAAAACCCACAAAACCCCAUCAACUGACGAACAUAUUCUCCGACUUCUUCAACUUCCCUCAAUACUCCACCGCCAACGCCUCGAGCCGCCACCACCACAACGGACUUGCGGUGGUUGCUGAGGUGGAAGUUACUAUGGUCGAAAUGCAUGCUAACAUUAAAGUGUUAACAAAGACACGCCCAAGAUUGUUGUUCAAGAUGAUCAAUGAGUUUGACUCCUUAGGUUUAAUUAUAUUUCAUCUCAACCUCACAGCUUCAAAUAACAUGUCUCUUUUCACUUUUAGCGUCAAGGUAGACGAAGACUGUCACUUAACGACUACAGCUAAUGAGGUUGCACAUGCGGUGCAUGAAGUCGUUAGCAGAAUUCACAAGGAACACUGACCUUUUUGGUAAAGGCCAAAAGAGAAGAAAAAUGAACUCUGUUUACGUUAACUUUGGAAUUGUAUCUUCUAUAAAUUUAUUAUAGAUUAUAUUUCUGGUUUAUCUAUCUCAAUUUACACA